AAGAAAAAAAGGCUGCCCACAUGAUCCGGGCCGCGGCAGCAACGCUGGUUGGCUGCGCCUCCCCCUGCUCGGUCCGGAGCUCACACCCGCUCCCGCGCCUCCUGCCAACCCCGCGCCCCGCGCAACACGCCCAGGCGGAGCCCCCCUCGCCCACGUCCACGUUCACGCGCGCGGUCUCGCGCAGUGGUGAGGCUGCUGUUGGGUCGCCUCUGCUGUCGGCUUUACACGCAGGUCAUUAACGAGGGGGCGUGCCCGAGGAGAUUUUUCCCAUAAAGCAUUUUUCUUCUUUUUUUUUUCCUCUCUUUUGCAAAACUGACUUUUACCCCUUUCCACUUCUCGCCAGUCGUUUCAAUCUCUCCAGGGCUGCUCGUGCUUCUGCACUCAAGUUUAUUUAUUUUCCCACCUGGGUUGGGGUUUUAGGAUUCGGAUUCUGAUUUUUACCUCUUGUUGCUGCUGUGCCUAAGGAGGGAAAGAGAAGCAGCUGCGGGAGGAUCGGGAAGGUUUUCUGAUGUAGUCAUCAGGGAGGUGCCACUCGCUCGUGCGCGCUCUCUUUCUCUCUCUUUUUUUGUUUUUCCUUUUUUCCCCAUUUCAAACUGAUUGAUGUAUCUCUACAAGUUGCUGGACUUGGGGCCAGCCCCGUCGGAGUCACAGGGACACUUCUGAGAGCUCACCCGGGGCUCUUGGCACCGCGUGUGGGGAAUCAGUCUCGCUCCCGGAAGGCGAUCGGAGACUGACAUCAACCCAUCCCGGAGUUGGAGGGAUCCUUUUGAAAGUGAUUGUUUCCCCUCCCGCUCUCCAGCAGAACAGUUGGGUUGGCGUCGUCUUGCAGGUUUGGGAAUCCCAGCUCCGCCGGGCUGGCUGGUUCAUAACCUCUACUCUUCAUUCACUUUGGUGCACCCACACCCGGCCAAGAAAAGCACACAGGAGAAAUCCCUGAGACUCGGCCACUGCCCGGGGUGCCGACUCCCGCUGCCGCUGCAGUCCGACUCCACUAGGGACCUGCGGGAAGACUCGAAGAGCCAAACUUUUCUUUGAGGUUUUCGAGGCAAGACCGCUCCUCGCCAGCGCAGCUGCCGGUUAACCAGUUCCAGGACGCCGGCGGGGCUGGGUUUGCGGCUCCAGAUCCCCACCCUUCUCGGCAAGCCGCCCGGUACCGCAGUACCAACUACUCCUCCGAGAUUUCCAGGGGUCUCCUGGCUAAGGCACAGAGGAGGCUGGGGAAAGCUCUCAGACUUCAGGGGCCACAAGCGUCCAGCCCCCUAUCUACACGGCGCCCUCCUUUUGCAGUUUCCCUCCCGCCGCCAAAUGGCGCGUCGGGGGCUCCGCCGCUGGCCAGGCGUGAUGUUGCACGUGGAGAUGUUGACGCUGGUGUUUCUGGUGCUCUGGAUGUGUGUGUUCAGCCAGGACCCGGGCUCCAAGGCCGUCGCCGACCGCUACGCUGUGUACUGGAACAGCAGCAACCCCAGAUUCCAGAGGGGUGAUUACCACAUUGACGUCUGUAUCAAUGACUACCUGGAUGUUUUCUGCCCUCACUAUGAGGACUCAGUCCCAGAAGAUAAGACUGAGCGCUAUGUCCUCUACAUGGUCAACUUUGAUGGGUACAGUGCCUGUGACCACACUUCCAAAGGCUUCAAGAGAUGGGAAUGUAACCGGCCUCACUCUCCAAAUGGACCACUGAAGUUCUCUGAAAAAUUCCAGCUCUUCACUCCCUUUUCUCUAGGAUUUGAAUUCAGGCCAGGCCGAGAAUAUUUCUACAUCUCCUCUGCAAUCCCAGAUAAUGGAAGAAGGUCCUGCCUAAAACUCAAAGUCUUUGUGAGACCAACAAAUAGCUGUAUGAAAACUAUAGGUGUUCAUGAUCGUGUUUUCGAUGUUAACGACAAAGUAGAAAAUUCAUUAGAACCAGCAGAUGACACCGUACAUGAGUCAGCCGAGCCAUCCCGCGGCGAGAACGCGGCACAAACACCAAGGAUACCCAGCCGCCUUUUGGCAAUCCUACUGUUCCUCCUGGCGAUGCUUUUGACAUUAUAGCACAGUCUCCUCCCGUCACCUGUCACAGAAAACAUCAGGGUCUUGGAACACCAGAGAUCCACCUAACUGCUCAUCCUAAGAAGGGACUUGUUAUUGGUUUUUGGCAGAUGUCAGAUUUUUGUUUUCUUUCCUUCAGUCUGAAUCCUAAACAACAACUUGGGGUUGGGGGGACUGAAUAAACUAGUUGCUGCCUCCCUCACUCCAUCCCCAGCCCUUGCCCUUGACUUCUCUCACCCCUUCCAAAUUAAAUGGACUCCAGGUGAAAAUGCCAAAUUGUCGUAGUGACACCAGUGGUUCGUCAGCUCCUGUGCAUUCUCCUCUAAGAGCUCACUUCCGUUAGCACACUGUGUGGAUGGUAUAUGGACAAGGAAGAAUAGUGGCAGAUGCAGCCAGUGAUGGCCAGGCCCGGGAGGGUUUCACUCUCCUAUACAAUAUUUAUGCCUUCUCAUUCAGGACUGUAAGAUGAUCAUGCAGGGCAUCAUGUCACCAUGUCAGGUCCAGAGGGGAGGUAUUAAGAAUAGAUAUAAUAUUACACCAUUUCCUCUAGGAGUAUAUAAAUGAACAGGCUUCUAAAAGGUUGAGACACUGGGUUUUUUUAAAAUAUGACUGUCUUAAAGCAUUCUUGACAGCAAAACUUGUAUUCUGUAAAAGAAGCCUUUUUUUUCCAGGAGGCGAGUUGGGUGCAGGAAUGCUAAUACAGAGCAAGUGUGAAAACAGAGCAAACUAUGUUUGGUGGGGGUGUGUAUGUGUGAGUGCCUCUAAUUUUUUUGGUGACUGGGCAGUGCACACCAGAUCUUUUUUUUUUUUUUUUUCCUUUGAAUAAAGAUCACCAUGGUGCUACAACUUUUUUUUUUUUUUUUUUUUUUAGAAACUCAAAGAGGCAUUUUUAUGAAUAAAGUGACCUUCCCCAAGGCUGACAAGCCAGGGUUGAUGAUUGCAGAGUGGAAUAGCUUUGGCUGCUCCUCUGGGGGAUGAUAUGUACCAAGGAAAGGAUGUCAGUGGCCAGAGGAGAUGUGAUUUGGCUUUGCUGGAGCGCCAGUGUGCUGUGGCCUUUUCCCGACUCCCACCCCAAUGCCCACGUUUUGCUCCACACUCCACAACUGCAGGGGGCUCAGACAAAAAAACCCCUGUCACCAGGAGAGUCAGUCAGCACUACUUGGGAGGGCUAAAGGGAAAUUUGGAAUAAAAAUUCCAAAGUUUGGAAUAAAAGAAUUCAAGCAUUGAUUUUAUAUUCUUUCCCUUUCUGACACAGCCUAAAGCGUAGGGGGAACACGUGUUUAUCUGUGGGAGAUAAACAAGAUGGAGUCCCAAAGACUUUAACAAAAUAUUUUUUUAAAAAUCCACUAGAAUAGAAAAUACAUUAUUUAGAUAUACUUUAUGCUGAGAGUGAGUAUAUAUGCUUGUCCUAUUUAAACUUGUGAGAAAAAGUGGUAUCCCUUGAUACAUUUAGAAAUAUGGGGGCUAUCUUGUUUCAUUGUGGGGGUGGGGCAGAAGGAGAAUAAACACAGGAUGACCCUGUUUAAGGAAUCUUAGCAUGGCCAACAGGGGACGUUUCCAGUUGAUUACCAGGAAAUGUGAGCCUUGGGGUUUCUACUGGUGGGACUGUCAUGAACUUUAAACUCCAAAGCCUAGACAGGGAGAAGUGUCAGACCAAUGGAAAAGUGAUCUAGCCUUUUAUGCUAUUGCACGACAUGUCAAUAGAAACCAUGCCUUUCAAAAUAAUUAAGCAAGUCAAUAAAUGCAAUGAUCAUGUAAAAUGUGAAAAAUUUGAGAGCAUUCCAGCAAAAUAAGGAUUUUUAUAUAUUCGUUUUUUAAAAUGUAUAUGUAAAAAAAGGGGGGUCAUGUUAUGGACGGACUUCAUGAAUGGGAAUUUGCUUAGAAUUGUGAGUAGUUUUGAAUUGAAAAAACAUGUGAAUGAAAGGCAGCUGUAAAUGUACUGCACCCUAGAGAGUUGUACACAUGUUGAAAUGUAAUCUGGGCUUACCUGAUGGUUUGGAGUGGAUGUUACUGCUGAGUCUGUUCUCACUUGGAACUUUGUGAGUGGGGUUGCCAGCUUCGCAGAUACAAUCAACCCUUCUCCCCAAUAUCAGGAACUUCUCUGGAGUGGCAGAGUCUUAUCACAGAAGGCACCCACUAUUUCAUUGAAACAAAAGUCCACAGCAUUCAAUUCCUUUUUCCUUUAGCUAUUUAUAUGCUCAAUACUCUCAGUAGUGUCCAGAAAUCCUAUUCUUUUUAUUAAUAGUUACAGGCUUGUUGGUCCAGUGGGAUUUGGGUAGGGGGAAAAAAAGAUACCUUUUAAAAUGGAUCAAUAGGCAGAACGAAAAUAAUACUGCAUGUUCUAUAGCCGAGGAAAUCAAACAAUCCUGUAAUAAUUCCAGUUAGUCAUAACUACAUUAGCAGUGCUAAUUUCAUUUUAGAAAUGGUGACUUCUGUGGUUUUUCUAGCAUUUGUCUCUAACAAAUAAUGAAAUAAUUACUCAUGGCCCUCUCUGCCAUUGUCUUUCAUUUUUCACAGGGAAAUUAGACCCUUUUACUUCACUAUUGUGCCACCACAAAUUAAGUUUUAAAAAAAAUUAGCAAGACUUUCCACACCAGUAGACAAUAUGCUUCUCAACCUAUAAAUGACAUAAUCAUAGCUAAUGCACUUGCGUGGAGUUUUCAAGAAGAUGAUUGGUAUCAGACAGUUUUCAUCUUGUCCAAAAAAACGCUGGUGGCCUUUUGUAGUGGUGUUACAAUCCUCUGGGGGCUUAGGAGGAUGUCAUGUAACUUUGUAGCAGCUUUUAAUUUAAAAAAAAUUCAAAGCCUGAAGGGCAGCCAUGACUGCCCCUCAGCCCCAGUUGGUCAAACCCCAGCGACCUUUGCCCCUGGUUGCCAAGGGCUUUGCAACAUGAAGCAGGGAUAUAAGGAUCUGUCUGUUUAGUGGAUACCGUGUAUCCUGUAAUAGACCAGGUAACAGUUCGUGUUAGUUUAGACUAUUGUUUUGUAUUGUACUUUCUUGGGUGGCAGAGGAAAGAAAAGAAAAACAUUAAAAAAAAAAAAGCGUUCUUUAAAUUCUGUAUUAUUAGCAACCUCUGUUGUAUAUAGUGUUUGAUAAUAAAGUAUUAAUUUGAUUCUUAUGUCUUUUGUAAGUGAGAACAAUAGACUUUCAGGAUACAAAACAUGCAUCGAGGCUUUGAAACAUCCAGUGUGUACAUGACUAAGAAAAGUCACAAAUGGCUGAGACACUGCUCCAUAUACAGGACUCAUGUGGUCAUCACCCACCUAAGCUUAAGACUCCAUCAUCUUGGGACCUGGAACAACAUGACUUUUUUGACCAAUAUCUUGUCCUCAAUGUUUUCAAGGUCUGAUGUUGGAGCCCUAUGGUCCUCCCCUACCCUAAGCAUGUGGUUUGAAAAGGUUUGGAGAAUUUAGUAAUGGUUCUGUACUUUGGUUUGGUUUUCUGUUUAUGGUUGUUUCAUGGACUGUUUCAUUUUUCCCAGGAAAAGUCUUGUCGGUAUCAAGUGCAGCUCAGGCACAGGAAAGGUUGCAAACCAAUCCCUUUAGGAAGAUUAAAUGGGGGCUGUUUCCCUCUGUACAAUGUGAGAGGAAGAGUCACACUGUACCUGUAGAUUUUCAGGGACUCUGUUUUUCUCCGGUGCCUUAGCAACGGCUGCAGCCAUUUUUUAUUAGUUUCAAAAAAUUAGAAAAACAGUUUUUAGCUCCUCCCUUCCAUUCAUUGCUCUCAAAGUUGUGGUCACUGGCUUUUGUUUUGAAAACCACCUCCACCAGCACCCUGGUUUGCCUUACAACUCCCUCAACUUUUUAUGUUUUUUAAAAUUAUUAUUAUUUGUCUCUCGCUUUCCUCCUACAUUUUAUUUUCCCUCAGAGCCGUGAAUGGGCAGGUCUGUCUCUGGUUUGGCAUCACUGAGUUUUUCCCAUGCAUUUGCCUCAGAGCUGCUCGGAUGUGAGAAAAUCUCCCUACAAUGGGCUUGCUCCCAUUGUCUGUACAGUUUAAUAGAUGCUGGCAUGUUGGAGGUUACCCAUGAGUCAAAAUCCACUUUCCAUGCUUACUCUUGACACCCCAUUGAAGCCACUCAUUGUGUGUGCGUCUGGGUGUGAAGUCCAGCUCCGUGUGGUCCUGUGCUUGUACUGCCCUGCUUUGCAGUUCCUUUGCACUUACUCAUCGAGUGCUGUUUUGAAAUGCUGACAUUAUAUAAACGUAAAAGAAAUGUAAAAAAAAAAAAAAAAACCCACACACAAACAAACCCAUACAAUCUGUAUUUGUAUAUACACGUGUCCGUACAAGUAUACCUAAAUAAAAAUUAAAGAUUUUCAUCAUUUUAA